GGGACAUCUCUCUCUCUCUGGGCGAGUGACACUGCGUUCGACUUUACAGAGGAUAUAGCAGAGAUAUACGGACCCAAAGACAGACAGAAGACAGGCUGUCAGAGACAAACGAUUCAAAAGAGCCUUUUUUUUUCUCUAAACCAUGGAGUUCCACUUCAUCCUGGCGGCUGCAGGUGUGGUGUUGUUAUUCAACCCAACAUUGUGCUCAGAUUCCGUCCCCUCCCCCAUCACGUGCCUGACCCGCGGUGCUGACCUGCUGGAGGACCACCAGGUGGUGCUGUGUCCCCCCGGCUGCGCCGAGUGGAGGAUGUCUGUGUUCGGGACCGGGCCCUAUGCCUCCAUCUCCAACGUGUGUGGAGCCGCCAUCCACAGUGGGGCGGUGGGGGUCAGCGGGGGUCCGCUCCAGGUCAGCAGGGUGCUGGGGAGGCGGAGCUACAGGAGUUCCUACUCCAACGGCGUCCAAUCACAGGCCCUGUCUCUCUGGACUUCCUCCCUCAGCCUCACAAAACCAGUCCACAUACCCCUGGAGAUGUCCAGUAACACCAGCACUAUAAAACUGCCUACUAAGAAGCUUGCCCUGAAGAAGAAAGCCUUGAAGAAGCCAACAGUGAAGAAGACGAUUAAAGGAAACACAGAGUGCCAGGUGGAGCUGGCGGUGGUGUUCGACGGCAGCAGGAACCUGGGCCAGCGGCGCUUCGGCCUCCAGAAGAACUUCCUCAGCAAGCUGGUGACGGCGCUGAAGGUCGGGCCCUCGGGACCCCACGUGGGCCUGGUGCAGACCGGGGACACUCCCAGGACAGAGGUCUAUCUUUCCAACUCCACCCAGCAGCUCAUGCAGGCGAUCAAAGAACUGCCGUACCUGGGGGGCGACACCAACACAGGGAAGGCCAUGCAGCACGCGGCGGAGGGCUUCUUCCUGGCGGAGUGGGGGGCGCGGCGGGGCCACCCCCGCGUGAUGCUGGUGCUGCUGGACGGCUGGCCCUCGGACGACCUGGAGCAGGCAGCCGGCCUGGCCCGCGACUCGGGCAUCAACGUCUUCCUGCUGUCGGUGGCCAAGCCCACCCCCGAGGAGCUGCCCCAGGUCCACGACCUGGACUACGCCAAGAAGGCGGUGUGUAAGGACAACGGGUUCUUCAGCCUGUCGGUGCCCAGCUGGUUCUCCACCACCAAACACGUGCGCUCGCUGAGCCAGAAGAUCUGCUCCCCCGAUGCCCUCCAGUGCAGUCGGACGUGUCUGAACUCGGUCAACAUCGGCUUCCUGAUUGACGGCUCCUCCAGCGUCGGCGACGUUAACUUCCGCCUGGUGCUCAACUUCCUGACCGCCAUCGCUCAGAGCUUCGACAUCUCUGACGUGGGCUCACGCAUCGGCGCGGUUCAGUACACCUACGAGCAGCGCAUAGAGUUCGGUCUGUCCGACUUCCUGUCCAAGGAGGAAGUGGUCGCAGGUCUGAGCAAAAUCCGCUACAUGAACGGCGGGACGGCGACCGGUCAGGCCAUCAACUACGUCACCGAAAACCUCUUCAAGACCUCGGUUCCCGGGAGGAACUUCCUCAUCAUCGUCACCGACGGCCAAUCAUACGAUGACAUCGGUGGCCCCGCCCAGAACGCUCAGAAACACGGGAUCACGGUGUUCGCGGUGGGCACGGCCUGGGCGCCCAUGGAGGACCUGAAGGCGAUGGCAUCCCAGCCCCACGACCGCCACACCUACUUCAGCCGCGAGUUCAGCGGGCUGAAGGCCUUCUCCCAGGACGUGGUCCGGGCUAUCUGCCAGGACUUCGGCUCCAACAACUGAACACUCACACAGAGGGACACACACACAUAGAGGGACACGCACACACACAUAUAGAGAGGGACACACACACACAUAGAGAGGGACACACACACACACACAUAUAGAGAGGGACACGCACACACACAUAUAGAGGGACACACACACACACACACACACACACACACACAUAUAGUGAGGGACACACACACACACACACACACACACACACACACACACACACACACACACAUAUAGAGGGACACACACACAUAGAGGGACACGCACAGACACACACACACACACACACAUAGAGAGGGACACACACACACACACACACAUAGAGAGGGACACACACACACACACAUAUAGAGAGACACACACACAUAGAGCGACACGCACACACACAUAGAGAGGGACACACACACACACAUAUAUAGAGGGAGACACACACACACACACACACAUAUAUAGAGGGACACGCACACACACACACAUAUAGAGGGAGACACACACACACACACACAUAUAGAGGGACACAAACACACACACAUAUAUAGAGGGACACGCACACACGCACAUAUAGAGGGAGACACACACACACACAUAUAGAGGGACACGCACACACACACACACACACACACACACACAUAGAGGGAGACACACACACACACACACACACACAUAGAGGGAGACACACACACACACACACACACACACACACACACACACACACACACAUAUAGAGGGAGACACACACACACCAACACAUAUAGAGGGACAAACACACACACAUAUAGAGGGAGACACACAUACACACACACACACACACACACACACACACACACACACACACACACACACACACAUACAUAGAGGGAGACACACACACAACCAUAGACACACACACCGACAUUGAGGGAGACACACACACACACACACACACACACACACACACACACACACACACACACACACACACACACACACACACACACACACACACACACACACACACACACACACACACACACACACACAGGGAGAUACACACACAAACACACAUAUAUAGAGGGAAAGAAACACACAUAGAGGGACACACACACACACACACUCAGAGGGAAAGACACACACAAACACAUAGAGGGAGAGAGAGAGACACACACACACACACACACACACACGUACAGACACACAAAGAGGGAGAGAUAUACUCAAACAAACCCACUCACUCACACACACACUCACCAACACACACACAAACUGAUUAGCAUCUGAUCCUGAUUAGCAUCUGAUCCUGAUUAGCAUUGGUGUGCUAGCAGAGGAGUUGCAAUCUGUCAUUUAUGCCAAAGUACCUGUAGAUAAAUGUAUUGUACUUAUCUUUCUGUCAGUUUCUGUUUUGAAAUGUUUGUUUUUAUAACAAGAGAGAAAAUAACAUCUGUUCACUCUAAUCUUAGAAGCUUCUGGAAAUAUUCUGGAAGAAAAAAUUGCCAAAAGCUAUAAUCCAUGCUGAUAUGUUCUCUAAAUCACCCCUGUCUGUAAUUUCUAACCCAUUUCUGCUCAUUAUAACCUGUCCCUUUACUGUCUAACCCCUACCUGCUCCUUAUUGACCUGUCUCUGUACUGUCUAUCCCCUAUUUGCGCCUUAAUUACCUGUCUCUGUACUGUCUAACCCCUACCAGCUCCUUAUUGACCUGUCUCUGUACGUCUGACCCCUACCUGCUCCUUAAUGAUCUGUCUCUGUACUGUCUAACCUCUACCUGCUCCUUAAUGUUGGGUUGUAUUCAGCUGUGGUAGGUGAAAGCUUUCCUGGUUAAAUUCUGAUGUUCACUCGAGCUCCUUUGCUUUUCUAUUUAUUGCCUGGUUUCUUUUAUUUCAUUAAAGAA